GUCUGUUUUCUUUCGUGGUUGCUUCACUUUUUCCUUUCGAUAUGCGUCAACUACAUUUCUUCACCGUGUUAAUAGCCCUGAUCCUUUCUCCACUCGCCGCCUUGGCAGACCCUGUUACCGACGAUAUCAAUAGCGCCAUCACAGGUCUAGGUCAAGUCACUAACGCUCACACCAUUGCUCUUUCUGUGUUCUUUUUCUUGACUGGUCUUUAUCUUUGCUUUGCUGGAGGUGUUCAUCAACAAACCACUGUCUUCUUGGCAGGUUUUUGGGUGGGAGCCAAUCUUUCCUAUAUCAUUCUUACCAAUGCCAAACCAGAUGGUUUUGGUUCCAAUACUGCAACCAUUUUGCUAGUUGUUUCCAUCGUCGUUGGUAUACUGCUAGGUGGUUUACUAGCUUGUUGCUUCUUUUUGGCCAUCUACUUGCUCGGUGCUUUUGCAGGUUACUGUUUUGCUCUUUGGUUGCUUGCUUGGGCCUCCAACGGACUCAUUCAGACCGGUUGGGGCCGAGCUAUCUUGAUCGUUGUUUGCUGUCUGGUCGGUGUUAUUGCCAUUCACUUUUUGGAAAAGCCCGUCUUCAUCAUCGCCUCUGCUUUCAUCGGUGCCUUCCUCAUCAUGGCCGGUGUUGACGUUUAUGUCAAGGCAGGUUUCUUGGAAGCUAUUUCCUCCUUCAUCCAUGGUACGUCUAGUGCCCAAUCAGUUUGGGACUCCACCCCCAAACUCAGAGGCGAAUUGGCUGGCGUCGCUGCUCUUGCCAUUGUAGGCGCUGUUGUGCAGUUCCUCCAUGGACGCAGACGAUCUGCCCACAUGCCUUGGCGUGAAAGAUAUCCUUAUGGACAAUAUGGCUGGAAGCGUGUCUAAAAAAAAAAGACAUGCUGUCGUCUACAAACUAAUGUUCAUAUGAUAUAUCACCCCUUCCUCCGCUGCUAGCGUUUGUAUUUGUUACCACUUUUUUUUCUAUCAUCCAUUUUUACUUUAUGAAAAGUAUUGUAUACACAUUCUUCACAUUGUUCGGCAUUAAAAAACUGACUAAAAAAGAAUGGACAAUUGGAUUUACAUACGGAAAGGCAAGCAUAAUACAGUGGUGCAAUGGGAGUGAUGAAGAAAAAGUAGUGGGGGUAUAUUAUGAAAAGACUGUGUUCAGGCAAAAAAGGUGGUAUCAAUGCCAACACCAAAGUCAUAGAUCACGAUCUUUGGGUUGUUAGAGCAGCAAACAAUCUUCGUAUCGUUGGAUUGCAAUCGAAACACCCUAGGAGAAAAAAUGCGAUAAGUUUCA